CUCAGGGGCAGCACUGACCCACAGAGCUCAAGCCUGGGGAGGCAGGGAAGAGUUUAACAAGGCAUCAGAGAGGAGCGUUGCAGCUGCCUGUGCUCCUGCAGAGCUUCCCAAAGGGAUGGAGCCAGGCUGGGACUGGAACAGCACUCAUCGCAGCCGGCCUGGGCACGGCCAGGGGCUGCUGAGCCCCCAGACCCUGGCAGGGGACCCCAAGCUGGCCCUCUUGCACAGCCGGGACGAGGCACUGGCCAAGGCGGAGAUCGGGGUGCUGGCCACCAUCCUGGCUGUAGCGACCGUAGGCAACGUGGGGGUGCUGCUGGCGAUGUACCGCCUGAGGAAGAAGAUGAGCCGGAUGCAUCUCUUCAUCUUGCACCUGGGGCUGACCGACCUGGGCGUUGCGCUCUUCCAGGUGCUGCCGCAGAUGAUCUGGGAGGUGACGUACCGCUUCUUGGGGCCGGACCCGCUCUGCAGGGCAGUCAAGUACCUGCAGGUGCUGAGCAUGUUCGCCUCCACCUACAUGCUCAUCGUGAUGACGCUGGACCGCUACAUGGCCGUGUGCCACCCGCUGCGCACCCUGCAGCAGCCCAGCCGCCAGGCCUACGUGAUGAUCGGGGCUACGUGGCUGCUCAGCUGCCUGCUCAGCCUGCCCCAGGUCUUCAUCUUCUCCCUGCGGGAGGUGCGCCAGGGCUCGGGGGUGCUGGACUGCUGGGCAGACUUCAGGUACCCGUGGGGAGCCCGAGCCUACAUCACCUGGACCACACUGUGCAUCUUCAUCCUGCCCGUCGGCAUCCUCACCGUCUGCUACAGCCUCAUCUGCCACGAGAUCUGCAAGAACCUCAAGGGCAAGACCCAGAGCGGUGCCACCAGCAUGGGGGGACCCACAGCGGCUGUCCCUGCUGCUCCCUGCUCCUCCGAGAAGAGCGGGCAAUGCCCCAGCGGGCAGCCCUCGCGGGUGAGCAGCGUGCGGACCAUCUCCCGUGCCAAGAUCCGCACGGUGAAGAUGACCUUUGUCAUCGUGGUGGCCUACGUUGCCUGCUGGGCACCCUUUUUCAGCGUGCAGAUGUGGUCGGUGUGGGACGAGGAUGCUCCUGAUGAUGAGUCCACCAACGUGGCUUUCACCAUCACCAUGCUGCUGGCCAGCCUCAGCAGCUGCUGCAACCCCUGGAUUUACAUGUUCUUCAGCGGACACCUGCUGCAGGACGCGGCUCGCUGCCUGUCCUGCUGGGGCGGCCCCCGGCCCGGGCUGCGGAGACAGGCCUCCACCGGGAGCCUCUGCAGCAGGAAAACCACCAUCCUGAGCCACAGCCACCACACCGGCCCCGCCGGCCUCCCCCUGCACGGGGGCUUCUGCCCACCCUGCGAGGAGGUGGUGACCGAGUCGGGCACACUCUAGGCUGCGGCACAUCCCUCCACUGGGACAACUGCCACCAGAUGUGACACCACGAACGUUGUCACUGCAGAGGUGCG